CAGCAAAAUCAGAUCACCGUGUAUAAUAUAAAACAAAUACGUGAAGGUACUUACCAUAUAUUUUUUUUAUUCAUUAAAUUCAUUUUAUGGUUUUAAUCUUAGAAAAACAGACAAUGUCGCGAUCGGAGCUAGUAUAUUUUAUUUGCUUUAGUGCAUUAUUGCUAACAUCGUAAAUCCAAUCGUAUCUCAAUACAAUGUGAUGUCAUUUUUUUUAAACGUUUGAUUUUGAACUCUAAUAACACAAUAAUUUCAGAUAUAAACCCCCGAAAAUAAGUGAAAAUAUUAUUUACUCUUAUAUAUUCAACGCGAUUAGUUCUACGGAAAAUAUGUCGGAUACAUCAGAACACCUAUUCAACUUCGUUCCUUUGGCAUCAUCCCAAACUCAAAGUCAGAGUGAACGGGAGUCAGGGGUGAGACGUCUGUCCUUGGGGGUCAAGAGGAAGGCAACACCCGUUUACUCGUUUAUCAAAAAACCACAUCGGAAUGGAGGUACAAAAGUCAUCAAAAUAGAAAUUUACGACAGUAACAAAUUGAAUGAGAACUUUGAACAUAUAUGUAAAUGUAAUGCCGAGCUGUGUGCCCAAUAUGUAGUGAAAAAUACGUUAUUAGACCAAGUUUACGAAUUAACGCGUAGAGUAAUUGACAAGAUAGACGAAGGUUUGUCCUCAGAUACGCCACAUGGGUACACCAUCGAAUAAGGGUACAAUUUAAUGUGAUUGUGUAAUAUGAACAUAGUUCUUAAGUUAAUAAACAUUAUAAAAGUA